GUUGAAUCGCUGCUGUUAAUCUGAUCGUCUAUUUCAGGAGCAGGCUGCGUAGGUGGAAAACUUUGCCUGUCCUGCAAAUGCAGUAGAUGAUCCAGAGACAAAGCCUGAGGUCUGCACUGCAAACAUGCCAGAGUCCUCCCUGGUCAAGGACGGUCGCAGCAGCUCUGUUGAAUAUGGAGCAUCCCCCUUGAGACAGUUUAGCCAAUCAUCACUGCUGCUGCACAGAAACUCCUACAUGCUCAGUACCUUCUGCACAGAGCACAAUGUGCAACAAUGUCUGUCACACAUCAAUCAGGAAAUAUCUUCUCUUGGCCUCCCACCAGUUUGGACAGAGUCGGGCGACAGCUCAGAGCUGAAUAUUGUGGCUGUGCUAAAUUGCAUGUAUGACCUGAUUCAGCUGCAGCGCCGGGGCCUCAGAGCCCUUGAAAGCAUGGAAGUGGAGCAGCUUAAAUCUAGCAGCAGUAUCGAUCACCUGCAGCUCACCAUCACUCGCCUGAAGGAGCAGCUCGAACUCUCUAAAAGAGAAAACACGGGACUUCUUGAGAGAGAACGGCAGCUGCAGCUGAAAGCAAAAAGUUUGCAGAGCUGUCUGAAGAAUGAAAAAGAAGAGGUUCAAAAGCUUCAGAACAUUAUUGCAAGCCGGGCCAGCCAGUACAAUCACGAGAUGAAAAGGAAGGAAAGAGAAUUUAACAAACUGAAGGAACGACUGAAUCAGCUGCUGGUUGACAAAAAGGAGAAGAAACAGGCCAUUGAUGUAUUAAACAACAUCGGGAGAGCUGAUGGGAAGAGAAGCCUUUGGAAAACUGAAAAGACAGAAGCAAAGCACGAAGGGGAAAUGUAUAAGACUCUGCUGAGCGACUAUGACGCUCGCCAGAGAGAACUCGUGCUGGAAAAUGCAGAGCUGAGGAAAGUGUUGCAGCAGAUAAAAAAAGACAUGGUGUCCAUUCUCAGUUCAAGAAAACCAGCUGUGAAAAGCGACAAACCUGAACACAGUGGCGUACAGGGCACAUCGGAGGAGGAAGAGGAAGAGGUGUUCGAUUCCAGUAAGGAAAGUGUGGAGCUUUAUUGCUUUCAUGCUCGGGAGAAACUGACCAACAGUAUUCGCCUCCAGUGGAGAAGACUUAAGAGCCACGUGGAAAGACUGGACAGCCAAGCAUCCUUGGUUCAGAUGGUGGAAAGCAAAAACACUGAUGCUGUUCCACAAGAGACUCAGGAGGAAGAGAUGGACAGACUGAAGCUGGAGAUCCAGCAGUGCAAAGACUUUAUUCAAACACAGCAGCAGCUCCUGCAGCAUCAGGUAAGCUCUGCAUGUGAUGAGGAAACCGCAUCCCUGCUAAGCAAUUGCUACAUGCUUCAAGAGAAGGAGCGCCUCGGGGAGGAGUGGAAGACUCUGGAGGAGCAGAGGAAGAUCUUUGAGAGGGAGAGGAAGAACUUUACAGAGGCAGCCAUCAGACUGAGCCACGAGAGGAAGGCCUUUGAAGAGGAUCGAGCAACAUGGCUCAAACACCAGUUUUUAAACUUGAGUCCAUCUGCAGACUCAAAGAAAACCCCAUUGUUAAAAUCUAAAAGUGCCUUUUUGAUAUCAGCUGAAACAGAGGCGGCUGCGUCAGCGGCUCCAGAAAAGCUCAUCAAAUGUCAUCCAGACACAGCCUCCCCCACACCCAGGUGUGUCGCGCUCGCGUCGGCUUCCACCACCGACCUGUAUCGCACGCUUUGCUUCAUCCCAGAAAACAGCUCAGUGCAACCAAAGACAAACGGGGAACAUGUGGAGGAAUCGGGCAUGUUUUGUGCAGAUGUUUUCGUCCAGCACCAACAGUACAGCGAGGACCACACACUCUCACAGGAGAAGAACAGCUCCAUCUGAAGCCAAAAACUCCCAUCACUUGAAUCAGACGUGUCAUUAAUGUCCAGUGUUUAUGUCUCACAAAUGCGUCUGAUGGGUGGAUGCCAAAGGCCCACAGAUGGACUGUAAACGAUUAAACAGCUUAAGAAGGAAAGAGCGUUAAGAGUGACGUUCUGGUUUGCUGGAUCUGUAUUAAUGUGCUGCAUAUAGUAUGUAGUUAGUUUAUUUAUGGUACUGUAAAUCAUGAAUUGGCAUACCUGACAUUUAGAUGCUGCUGAUGCAAUAUGUGACUGGGUAAAUCAAAUCAAGUAUGGCGGCUCUCUGUUUACAACACUGAGAAUGUGACUGAGUGACGGCUGCAUUUUUCCAGUAAAUGUUGCUGUUAGGUUUAUAACAGGUAGUAUAUCUGCUGCUUUGAAUAGGAAGAAUGUAACAUCUUGCACAGUUUACAUAUUAUGUAGAAGAUAGUGACUUUAGACCACUGUGACGUUAACAUGAUUUGUCAUGAACUUUUCUUUUAGGAGCUUUGUGUUGACAGGCGGCCGUUAUUUACCUCUCAAAUGUUAAAUGACAUGUUCACGUUCACGCUCAUUAUAGUUUUGACUUCUAUCGGGGAAGUAAUCACUGAUUUUUUUUUAUCAUCACUGCCUCUCCUGGUUCCCAUUCCUCUGUGGUGGACUGAGACUGGAAAACAAAAUGCACUAUAAAAAGAAUACCAUGGCACCAAUAAUUACAGCGAUUCAAUGGGUGUGUUUAUUAAGAGGUAAAAUAAAAUACUUUAUCUAUA